GGGAGUUACACCGCGUGUGUGAUAUGCAGAUGAUCCAAAUUCGGACAGGACAGACACACGGCCAGACACAACCAGUGACGGAAGCAGAACAGGGCGAUGGAGGGCAUCUUUGGGGAUUCUUCAGGAUCUCAAGGCUGCCUGGGGUCUGAAAGAGAGUUGGCGAUGGUCGCAAGGAGAUUCGGAAUCAGGCCGACCAGCUGGUGGAUGAAGGCGAAAGCUAAACACACGAUUGGCCACUGGUUGGUUCUGCCAGCCGCCAGGCGGGGGGACGUCAGCCCAGGAAUUAUGGAGGGGCACUGCGGAACUGGUUGCUGGGUUUGGUGUCGGCAACUCGGGUAAUCAACAGGCGCUGAUUGGUCGAUCGAGGCUGGAACAGCCUUUGGUGCUUCGGGUCGUGGAAUCAUCGAAGGAGCCAGCCGGGAGCGAAGCUGCUUGCUUUGCCUGUUCGCAGGACCGGUCUGUGCAUGUCGUCCAUUUGAAAGAAGCUCAAAUAUUUUGAAGCAUUUCAAGAGGAACACGACUUCUCCCCUCCCUCUGUUAUACCCCCCCGCACCCACCCCCCCCUCUCCUCUCUUUUUUAGACGACGAUGGCAUCCUCAAUGGCUUGGAGAAGGUUAGCCGCGGCGCCGGCGCUUCCUCGCGCUCUCAGAACUCCUACACAGAGGGCUUUUUCCACAACUAGACCAGCCGCCCGCGUUAUCGCCAACGGGCCCCUCCGGGCGAAGGAGGCAUCGCCAUUCGUCAGCAGCAAGUACCCUGUCAUCGACCAUGAGUACGAUGCGAUCGUUGUUGGUGCCGGUGGUGCCGGUCUCCGUGCCGCCUUCGGUCUCGCUGAGGCCGGCUUCAACACUGCCUGCAUUUCCAAGCUCUUCCCCACGAGAAGUCACACAGUCGCUGCCCAGGGUGGCAUCAACGCUGCCCUCGGCAACAUGCACAAGGACGACUGGAGAUGGCACAUGUACGACACAGUGAAGGGCUCCGACUGGCUCGGUGACCAGGACGCUAUUCAUUACAUGACCCGCGAGGCUCCCGCUUCUAUCAUCGAGCUUGAGAACUAUGGCUGCCCCUUCUCCAGAACCGAGGACGGCAAGAUUUACCAGCGUGCUUUUGGUGGUCAGUCCAAGGAGUACGGCAAGGGCGGCCAGGCUUACCGUUGCUGCGCUGCUGCCGAUCGUACCGGUCACGCUCUUCUCCACACUCUCUACGGCCAGUCUCUCCGUCACAACACCAACUACUUCAUCGAGUACUUCGCCAUCGACCUGAUCAUGCAGGAUGGUGAGUGCCGCGGUGUUCUCGCCUACAACCAGGAAGAUGGUACCCUCCACCGCUUCCUCGCCAACAACACCGUUCUCGCCACCGGCGGUUACGGCCGCGCCUACUUCUCUUGCACUUCGGCCCACACCUGCACCGGUGACGGUAUGGCCAUGGUUGCCCGUGCUGGUCUCCCCAACCAGGAUCUCGAGUUUGUCCAGUUCCACCCUACCGGUAUCUAUGGUGCCGGCUGCCUGAUCACUGAGGGUGCUCGUGGUGAGGGUGGCUACCUCCUCAACUCCGAGGGUGAGCGUUUCAUGGAGAGAUAUGCCCCUACCGCCAAGGAUCUUGCCUCUCGUGACGUCGUCUCCCGCUCCAUGACCAUGGAGAUCCGUGACGGCCGUGGUGUCGGUGCCGAGAAGGAUCACAUCUACCUCCAGCUCAGCCACCUUCCCGCCGAGAUUCUUGCCGAGCGUCUCCCCGGUAUCUCUGAGACGGCCGGCAUUUUCGCCGGUGUUGAUGUCCGCAAGCAGCCCAUCCCCGUCCUUCCCACCGUCCACUACAACAUGGGUGGUAUCCCCACUCGCUACACUGGUGAGGUUCUUACCGUCGACGAGUCUGGCAACGACAAGGUCGUUCCCGGUCUCUUCGCGUGCGGUGAGGCUGCUUGCGUGUCUGUCCACGGUGCUAACCGUCUGGGUGCCAACUCUCUCCUCGACUUGGUCGUUUUCGGCCGCGCCGUUGCCCACACCAUCCGUGACAACUUCACCCCCGGCGCCAAGUUGAAGCCCGUUGAGGCUGAUGCCGGUGCCGCCGAGAUUGAGAUGCUCGACAAGAUCCGCACUGCUGACGGCCCCAAGAGCACCGCCGAGAUCCGUCUUGCCAUGCAGAAGACCAUGCAGCGCGACGUCUCCGUCUUCCGCACCCAGGAGUCCCUUGACGAGGGUGUUGAGAAGAUCAACCAGGUCGACCAGACCUUCUCCCAGGUUGGCAUCAAGGACCGCAGCAUGAUCUGGAACUCUGACCUUGUUGAGACCCUUGAGCUCCGCAACCUGCUCACUUGCGCCGUCCAAACCGCCACCGCCGCCGCCAACCGCAAGGAGUCUCGUGGCGCCCACGCCCGCGAGGACUACCCCGACCGUGACGACGAGAACUGGAUGAAGCACACCCUCACCUGGCAGAAGCCCCACGGCAAGGUCGACCUCAAGUACCGCCGUGUUAUUGGUACCACCCUCGACGAGAACGAGUGCAAGCCCGUUCCUCCUUUCAAGCGUGUCUACUAAAAUAGGAAAAAAAGGCUCGCGGUGGGAUGAUGAGUUUGGGGUUGCUGCUUUUAAUAUUUUUAUAUACCAAAUGUGAGGGAUGAGAGAGUGAUGUGGUGUGUUUGUUUGCCUGGGUUGUGGGGAGGAGGAGGUUUUUUACCCUAGUUUUAGUAGUUUGGCAUAACACACACACACACACACACACACACUACAACAGCAUGAAAGCACGGCGUCGAGGUCUUGGGAAAACGGGAAAUUAGGAGGGGGGGGAAGAAAGAAAGAAAACUGAUCGGGUUGAGGGGAAGGUUGAGAUGGAAGUAAAGGGGUUGAGGGGAACAUGAGAAGAUGAGAGGAGGAGGGGGGAAUGCCCCAGAGGAAUUGAAACGAUACACACUCGCACAUUUAAACAUUUUCUUUUUGUAGCUGUUUGUGUUUGAUUGUUUGUUUGUUUGUUGUUGCCCCUUGUUUUUUUUAUACAGAAAUUGGGGCAGCUGUGGGGAGGAGUGGUGAGAGAGGGUGGUAUGAAUAGUUGUGUAAAAAAAAUUGUUUCGUUUUA